AUGCUAUCGAUACGUAAUAGACUAAAUAAAUCUGUUGAACAUCACUCCCAACUAUCCGUUAGUGAACUUUAUGUUGCUUGGCAUCUACAGAAUAAACAAUUGUAUAUUACUGUACCAGAUAUCGCUCUAUUAAAACGAACUUCCGAUUUGUGGAUGCACAAAACGAAAUCGGAAACAAUCAAAACCUAUGCCGAUUAUUUCGAACAUAAAUUACCAAAUGUUUCUAUUCACCGAGAUUCUUUAAUGGCAACAAUGAGAGCUAUAAGCAAUCCUCGAAUAAACUAUCUUCAUCAAAUACCAACAGAAAAUAAAGCAAAUAAAAAUUCUACAACUGAUUUAAUCGAUCAAUCUGUGCACUAUCCCAUAGAACUUCUUCAUUAUGCUCCAGUAAAUCAAGCAGAUUUGAAACUCCUCUAUAAGUUACCAAGUAUUCUUGUACGUCUUACUCAACUAUAUUGGAUUGAACAAUUGCGAAUGACUCGACAAGCUUUACUUCCAUUGACAUCACUCACAUAUGAUCCAUCGAACAUACAAAAUACGUUAACAAAUGAACAACCUUCUCCUGAUAUACUUUUUCAAGCAAUAACACGACGUUCUACUGGUGAACAAAUGGAUAAUGAAAAUUUCGAAAUACUUGGUGAUUCUUUUCUUAAAUUGACUGUUUCAAUGUCAUUAUAUUAUCGUCAUCCUUUGGCUAGUGCUGGUUCAUUGACAGAAAAAAGAAUUAAACAAAUUUCAAAUGAAAAUCUUUAUCGAUUAGCUGUACAAAGACAACUAAAACAUUUUUUAUAUGUUAAUAAAAUUGUUUUUCGAGGUAAAGAUGCCAAUUGGUUACCACCUGGAUAUGUAAUUGAUGAGGCUAAUUCGACGUUGGGUAAACGACACUCUCAUCAAAAUGCGAAACGAAAAGCUUUUAGCGAUAUGAUAGAAGCAUUUAUUGGUGCUUUUCUCAUUUCAAGUAAUUAUACAACGACGAUCAAAUUUAUGUAUUGGCUUGGUCUUGAUGUUAUUCCAGUCAGUAAACAAGGCAACUUAAUGGAACUUCCAUCAGUUCUCCGUUCAAAUAUGGCUGCGAAUAAUGAAAUUCAGAACAAUGAGAUAAUCAAUAAAUUUUUUCUUGAUCGAGCAUUUAAUGAAAUUGAAACUAAAAUACAAUACGUCUUUCAAACUAAGGCAUAUCUUAUUGCAGCAUUUACUCAUUCAUCAAGUUUUGCUGAUCUUGUAACAGAUAGUUAUGAACGGUAG